CAUGCUACAGCCAGCAUGACAGCGCAGGGAAAACACAUCGUUUGAGAGAGUGAAAGUAAGGGAUAAGGAGGAGAGAAAGAGGAGUAUCGAGAAAAGUAGGAAGAAGAUAAACAUCAAGACUGUAAGAAAUGAAAUAAAGGAAGUCUCGUCAAUCCAUGCCUCUAGUCCAUCUCUUUCUCUUCCCCAGCAUUAGGACUAUUUGGUCAUCACAAUGGCCCACAACCAAAGCAUUCCCCUUCGCCUCCUGUCCAACUUCUCCCUCCCUCAAAUCAUCCCUCCAUCCCUCACAAACCCCUCCUCAUCCCUCUUUCCGUUCUCCUCCUCGACAUCCCCCUCCCUGUUCCUGUCCACCUCCAUGCACAUCCUGAACACCACCAACACGUCUGUUUUCGGGGGAAACCAAAGCAUUGUGGGUAAUACCACCUCCACGACAGUAGGGGCUCUCAUCCUGUGUCUGGUCUUGCUGCUGGGCCUCCCCGGCAACCUCUUCAUCAUCUGGAGUAUCCUGGCGCGUGCCCGCCGCCGCUCCGUCACCACCCUCCUCAUCCUCAAUCUAGCGGUGGCCGACGGCUCACUCAUGGCGCUCACGCCCUUCUUCGUGAUCUACUUGGUCAAGAAGACCUGGGUUUUUGGCAACAUCAUGUGCAAGAUACUCUUUUACUUGUGCCUAGCCAACAUGUACGCCUCCAUCCAACUGAUCAUGCUGAUGAGCCUGCACAGGCUGGUGGCCGUGGUGUGGCCUAAGCGCGUCGCUGCACUUGCUGGAUGGAAGGCGGUACUGCGUGGGGUGCUGGUGCUGUGGACCAUGGUGCUGGUCGCGUCCAUCCCUGCGUUGCUGUUCAGGGACGAGCGGAAGACCGUGCACCCCAACGGGAAGAGCCGGGUCGUGUGUGAGUCGUUGCACAAGCAACAGAGUCAUGUGGUGCUCCAGUACACGUUGGAAACAGUGCUGGGAUUUGUAGUUCCUUACGGGGUGAUUAUAGGCAGCUACAUCUGCAUCCUGCGGCGGAUCAGGCAGACAAGGUUCAGGAGGAGGAUCCGCAGUGAGAAUCUCAUCCUGGCCAUCGUGGUAACCUUCGGUGUCUUCUGGUUGCCCUACCAUGUCAUCAACAUUGUGCAGGUUGCUGCAGCACUUUCUCCAAAGGAUUCAACUCUAAAAGCAAGGCUUGACCCUAUUUGGCAGACCAGCCGUGCGGUCACCUCAGCCCUGGCCUUCAUCAGCAGCUGUGCCAACCCUGUCCUCUACACUUUUGUCGGCAAGUCCUACAUCAGGCGGGACGGCUUUGCCUUCAUGGCCCGCUUGUUCGAGGGCACGGCGCAGGACUCUGGGACAAGGAAGAGCCGACAGAACAGCCAGAAUAGCCGAGAGAGAGACAGGGAUGCAAAGGAGGUCGGACUGAAGGAAAAGGAGGGAGACCUAGAGUCGACAACCAGCUCCAAUGUCAUGAGUCCCGUCUGUGUGAAACCUGUUAAGAAUGGCAAGCCGGGGCCGAUUCCGACUUAGGCAAUGAUGCCUUUCUUUUGCACAUCUUUCCUACACAUUUCUCAGUAGUUUACCUUAUGAAGGUGAGUAAUGGGCUUCGCAGGAGUGGUUCCCUUACGCGCACUGAAGAAAUGUCAUUCACCUGCUGAAAACCCUCUUACUUACUGGCCAACCGAUUUUCUCGUGGAGUUUUCAUUCAAUAGAGUUUUCAGUACAUUUAUGUAGCCAUCCCUUUAAAUAUGGCGUACCUUUUUAGUUUUGUUUACAGACUCGAUACAAUAUAUCGAGAGAAUCGGUUCAGAAUAUUAGGGAUCAAUUAAAGAAAGCCAUCUUAGUAUAUAUGUGCAUACUCCUCUCAGUUUCAGCACCAAGUGGUAGAUUUUAAAACACUCUGAUCUUUUAGAUUAUUUAGGGUUCGGAAAUUGUUUGUGAAUCCUACAAAAAAAAGGUUAGGAGGAAGAAAAUGGGUUUGAUUCAUACAGAAAAAUGCCACGUUUAGAUCUUUAACUCGUGGUAAUUUUGGAUGAUUAGUGAACAAAGGG